UUAGAAGAUUUGCGCACUAUUUGGAACUGGAUGUUGAUAGAGAAGUUGCAUAUCAACCCAAAGGAUCGAAAUCUAUAUUCUGUAAUUCUUGUUCUCGCGGAGACAUUUGACAACCGAGAAAUAAAAGAGAUGCUGUCCAUUGUACUUGGCGAUUUGGGGUUUAGCACAGCAGUUGUACACCAGGAAGCUCUAGCUGCAGCAUUUGGGAAUGGUUUGUCGACAACUUGUGUGGUCAACAUUGGUGCUCAAGUUACACAAGUAGUUUGUGUUGAGGAUGGAGUAGCUUUGCCCCAUACAGCUUUGGCACUUCCAUAUGGUGGAGAUGACAUAUCCAGAUGCCUACUUUGGGUUCAACAUCGUCAUCGCACAUGGCCAAGCUUUAAAACUGAACCCAUGAAGAGGCCCAUGGAUAUGUUAAUGCUCAACAAGAUAAAAGAGGCAUAUAGCCAAAUAAGGAGUGGGAGUUUCGAUGCUGUUGCUCAUGUUCAUUCAUAUGAGCAUGAAAAAUCUGUUGGGCAGCAGAAGACAAGGUUGUCAGCUCUCAGUGUUCCUCCUAUGGGUCUUCUUUAUCCUCGGCUUCUCAUUCCAGAAGAGUACCCUCCUCCUCCUCGGCCUUGGUUCCAAGAUUGUGAUGACAUGCUGGAAGAUACUUGGCAAACAAAUGACGGUGUUUCUGGGAAUGGUGGACUUGGUGCGUGGGACAAUUAUCAAAUGCUUCCCACUAGAUUAAAGAAAUUUGAUAAUAUUGGCCUCGUAGAAGCGAUUGUCAGCAGUAUUCUUUCAACAGGACGUGUUGACCUCCAACGGAAGCUAUUUUGUAGUAUUCAGCUGGUUGGUGGCGUAGCUUUAACAGCAGGCCUUGCACCAGUUCUUGAGCAAAGGGUUCUUAAUACUAUUCCAUCAAAUCAACCAGUGGAGAGAGUUGUGGUGUUACAGUCAGGGAGAAAUCCAUUAUUUAUUCCAUGGAAAGGUGGCGUGAUUUUGGGCGUGCUUGAUAUCAGUCGCGAUGCUUGGAUCCAUAGAGAAGAUUGGAUAAAAAAUGGUGUUCACGUUGGGAGUGGCAGAAAAUACAAGGAUUCCUAUUUUCUUCAAUCACAAAUCAUGUGUUACUACAACGCAUAACACGUGCUCUUUCUCAUUCUUGGUGGUCUGAAUAACAAUCUUGGAAUGUAGUUUGUGCGCUGCAAUUGUCGACGUAAACUUGAAUACUUCAUGAAUGGGAACUUCAUCGUCAGCGAGCAUAUGAAGGUGACGUGGAAAAGAUACCUGGAUGAUGAAGGCCAAUCUUUGGUGUCUUCCCUUUCAGCCAUGAGUUGUAAGAACGGAUUAGCAUCUUAGUAAUGCUUUGUAAACACAUUAGCAUCUUAGUACUGCUCUGUAAACACAUGUUAAUCUGAAAAAUAAUCAUUAUGUAUGCUCCGUA